AUGUAUCUGUUUGUUUGUUUCUUUCGGUCGUGGUUCUUGUUUCGAAUCCCGUUCGUGGACACGUACGGGCUGUACUAUCACCAUACGGACGUGUACGCGUUGGCGUUCAAUGCGGAGUAUGUGUGUCGAAUCCAGUUCUCGCUGUGCUAUCACUUUGUGAUGCUGCUGCAGCUGAAUGAGUCGGAGUAUGGGUCCAUUGCGUUGUCGUCGCUGCUGGGGCAGAUGAAGACGAUUAAGUUCCUGGGCGAUGAGUUCAACACGAACAUGCCGAUUGUGCUGGUGUUGACGUCGCUGGUGACGCUGGGGAAGAUGUUGUGGUCGAUUCGGAGAGAGAAAAAGAUGGAGGAUAAGCAGGGAUUGCUGAUUAAUGGAGUGAAUGAGGAGAAGGCGGGGCGCGAUAUCGUGGCGAUUACGCUGAAGAGAAGGCAGCGAGUGCGGCUGGAUCAGGAAAUGGCGGCGAUGGGAGCGCAGGAGUCGUAUAUGUACCGAAGUCCUCGAGUGGAGAUGUAA